AUGGCUCCUUCUUCGCUCCUCUUCCUACACCUGCCCCUUUGGGCUCUGUGGGGCGGCAGCAGCCAGGGGCUUUCAACCCCCUUGACCCUGGAAGGAGAUUAUAUGAUUGCAGGACUAUUUCCCAUUCACCGCAAGAACAUCAUCCGAAGCCAGAAAUCCAAGCCAGAGGUGGAUGUUUGUAAGAGUCCUCUGUGCAGCCCAUACGACAACAGAAAUGUCCAUGGCUAUCACCUCGUCCAGGCCAUGCGGUUCGCUGUGGAGGAGAUCAACAACUCCAGCUGCCUCCUGCCCAACCUCACUCUGGGCUAUGAAAUCUACGACAGCUGCACCUCCUCGACCAACAUGUACGCCACGCUGAGCCUGCUGUCCAAGGACCGAGAAGGCUGCAUCGGUCAUCAGCAGGUGGAAGUAGACGCCAACUACGCUCAGUACCUGCCUAAGGCAGUGGCCGCCGUUGGGCCAGAUUCCAGCGAUGAGGCUGUCUUGACAGCCAGUCUGCUAGGCAUCUUCCGUAUCCCAGUGGUCAGCUAUGAAGCCAGCAGCCCAGUACUCAGCCUCAAAUACCUCUACCCUUCCUUCCUGCGCACCAUCCCCCCUGAUUAUAUGCAGGUUUGUGCCUUGAUACACCUGUUGGAAGCCUUCAACUGGACAUGGGUGGCCGUGGUGGCCAGCAACAACAACUAUGGCAUACAGGGCUUGCAGAAGCUUCAUGAAAGGAGUGCCAGGGUGGGCAUCUGCAUUGCCUAUCAAGGGAUCCUUCCUGCCGAACCCGAUGCCAACCGUUCUGAACUCAGCACGAUUGUGCACAAUUUGGUGAGUGCCGGUGCCAGUGUGACCAUUGUCUAUGCCAACAGGCAGAGCAUCGGAUCUUUCUUCCAGGAGGUGAUUCGGCUGAAUGUGACUGGAAAGGUAUGGCUGGGCACAGAGGACUGGUCACUGGCCUCAGAUAUCUCGAUGAUCCAUGGAAUCCGUGACAUCGGCACAGUCAUUGGUGUGGCACUCAAGGAAGCCCACCAGUUGGGAAUGAAGGCAUUUGAAGCAGCUCUUGUCGGGUGUAAGGAAGCCACGGGUGGGCUGAAUGAUAUUGGCAGCGCCAGGAGCUCCUGCCAGCAUUGUAGGGAAGCAUGCAGCCAGCUCUGUACCCAGUUUUGCAGGCCAGAUGAAUGGGAGCCAUCGCACAGUGGAUUGGAGAUAUCACCCCGUGAUUCUCGGGCAAUUUUCAAUGUCUACUCUGCUGUUUAUACUGUCGCCCAUGGCCUGCAUCGCCUGCUGGACUGCCAAACAGGGGAAUGCCGCAAAGACACAAUCUAUCCUUGGCAGCUCCUGAAGGAAAUGAGGCAGGCGAACUUCAGCCUCUUCCACAGGCAGGUCCGCUUUGACACCAACGGGGACAUUUUGGACGGCUACGAAUUGGUCUUAUGGAACUGGGCUGGGCAGACCUGGAACUACAGCGUGAUCGGCUCCUAUGACAACUCAGGUGGUUUGAGCAUUGACAAGGAGAAGCUGCUGUGGCACACCAAAGACAACCAGCUUCCAGUCUCAGUGUGUUCCCUUGACUGCGGUCCAGGUGAGGAGAAGAUACAACAGGGGACCCAACGGUGCUGUUUCCACUGCCUGCCUUGUUCAUCGGGGACCUUCCUGAACAAAAGCAGUUUCUCCACUUGCCAGAAGUGCAAGGAAGACCAGUGGUCCCCCGCCGGAAGCGAGGCUUGUUUUGAUCGCUCCGUCGAGUUCCUGGCAUGGGACGAACGGGUCUCCUUGGUCCUUCUGACCUGCAUUAGCCUGGGGCUGCUGCUGAUGAUGGCCACCAAGACCCCGGGCCUGUUGGAGGCCUGGAGGAGGCACCAUGGGUCAAGUGUCUUGAUAGGAAGUCUCACAGCUGUGCAGGGGGUGAUAACCCUGGUGCACCUGAGCAUCCGGCCGCCCAUUCCACAGAAAAACGCCAAUGCUUAUGACAAUUUGACUGUCCUAGAGUGUAGUGUAGGUGAUACCACACUCUGGCUAAGCGGGUUGCUCUACAACACUCUCUUGGGGAUUGUUUGCUUCAUGAUCAGUUACAUGGGGAAAGACCUUCCCAGCAGCUACAAUGAGGCCAAAUGCAUCACUUUCAGCCUCCUCAUCUAUUUUGCCUGCUUUGUCUCUGAUUUCGUCACACGCAGGCUCUACACAGGCCAGUACCUAACUGCUAUUUUUGUCACCUCCCAGCUCAUCAACUUGUGUGGUAUCUUUGGGAAUUACUUUGUCCCCAAGGUCUACAUCAUCCUUUUUCACUCUGAACGGAACACUAGCGAACACUUCCAGAUGUCCAUCCAGAGUUACACCAAACGGAUCAAUGCAGCAGGCUGA